AUGUACGAAGCGUUCCUGGAAGAAGUGCCUCUCCUCGCCUCCCUGAAGUCCUACGAACGUGCCAAGAUCGCCGACGCCCUCGACACUGUCAAGCACCCCGCGGGCGCCGUCAUCAUCCGCGAAGGUGACCCGGGCAACACCUUCUUCCUUCUCGAGGCGGGCGAGGCGGCCGCCUUCAAGCAUGGUAUUGCUUCCGGUGCUCCCGUGAAGCGCUACAAGCGCGGCGACUACUUUGGUGAGCUGGCCCUGUUGGACGAGAAGCCGCGCGCCGCGAGUGUGGUAGCCGUGACGGAUGUGAAGGUUGCGCAGCUGGGGCGGGACGGGUUUAAGAGAUUGCUGGGCCCUGUGGAGGAUAUUAUGCGCAGGGCGGAGUAUGGGACUGCCACUACGACGGAUAGGGCCAUGAAUGAUACCGUUACAGGUACCCCUACCGCCGCCUCCGCAUAG